AGCGGCGCCCGCGGGGGCGCACACGCUAGAGCGCGGCGGGCGGGAGGGCGGGCGGCGCGCCCCGGGCUCUGCCUCCCGGGCACUUGCCUGUGGCUGUGGCGCGCCGCUGGCACCCGCUCCGCCGCUGACACACGGUAGCGGGGACACCCGACGCCGCUAGAGACAGGCGCGUCCCAGAGGGGACGCUGCACUUGGGGACUCGGUGCGGCGCGACUGGCCCGAAGAGCAGAGGAAACAUUCAAACUGGAUUUUUAAUCGUUAGUAAGUCAGUGAGAGAUCAGAAGUUGCAGAAUGCAAUCCCGAGUAAAAAUCUCCAAAAGAAUUACUUCAAAUAACAGAGGAAAGAAAAUUGAACUACCACCUUAAAACCCUGGUCUAGAAAAACAUAUUACACAUGAUAGGAAGUUAUAACUGGAGAAAUUUAUUUGGCUCUUAAUGCACCUGAAUGAAAGGAAUUGUCACACUGUUUCUCAGGACUUGUAGAUCUGAGAUUAUUUUAAUAAUAAGUUGUUUUAUAAAAAUCUUGACAUGAUCAGCAGAGAGAAGAAACAGCAAUAGCUAAAACCUGUGUGUUGGUCAAGAUGACUUCUGAAGAAAUGGCAGCUUCUGUUCUCACACCUGUGACUCAAAGAAAGGUGACAUCGUCUCAGUCGGCUUUAGAUGAAAGUAGUGAAAAGGUCUCAGACGUCAGUGUUCCGAAGGCACAUAGUGUCAGGCAGAGUGGUCAGACUUCCACCAUCUCACGACUGAACAAGCUUAAAGAAGAAUCCUCUGGAAGCAACUUGCCCGAGAUUGUCUCCAUAGCAAGGGAGAAGAUAAUGAGUGAUGAGAACAGCAAUGAGAAGUACUGGGAGGAAAGCAUGCCAGAUUCUGUGAAAAACCUCAAUAUUAACUGCAACAACGUACUGAAAAACAGCCAGUGCAGCCUUCCUCAGAGCCAGUGUUAUGACACGUGCGAUUCUGUCAUGGAGGAAGGCCUGUGUUUGGAAACUGGAAUCCCAUCCUCACUGGAAAGAAAGGUGUUCCCUGGAAUUCAACUGGAAGUGGACGGGCCUCCCAUGGACAUUAGUCCCUUAGGAAAUCAGUCGGCCAUCAUAGAGAGCGGCCGGGCACACCCUGACGGCGGCCUGGCAGCAUUUCACUUUCAUUACGAAGUCGACAGAAGAAUGUCAGACACUUUCUGUACCUUGUCAGACAACCUGAUUUUGGAUGAUUGUGGUAACUGUGUACCACUGCCUGGUGUUCGUGGGGAGCGACAGAAAAAUUAUAUGGCAUAUACUUGUAAACUCAUGGAAUUGGCAGAAAACUGUGAUAAUAAGAAUGGGCAGCUGCAGUGUGAUCAUUGUGAUGCCUUAAACGACAGAUACUUGUGCUUCGAAGCUUCUUGCCAAAGGGCUGAUGCGGUAUGUUCAAGUGACAGCUUUUGCAGGGAGGACUUGACUAACAGUCCACCUGCCAAGACCUUUCUGAGCCAUUUUGAGGACUUCCCUGAUAAUUGUGAAGAUGUAGAAGAAGAUUUUUUUAAGAGCAAAAAGGAGAGGUCCACUUUGUUAGUGAGAAGAUUUUGUAAAAAUGACAGGGAAGUAAAGAAAUCUGUAUAUACUGGGACAAGGGCGAUCAUGAGAACUCUGCCUUCUGGUCACAUUGGGCUGGGAGCUUACAGUUACAUUGAUCAGAAGAGAAGUGGUCUCCUGCUGCCCUGUGGGAGAGUUCUGGAACGGUGGUCAGCGGUGGCAGUUAGGGAAGAUGGGAGCUGGUGCCUGUCAGAAGCUCAGUGGUAUUCGAUCUACAAUGCAGUGAGAAGGAGAGAAGAAAUAGAAAAUACAAUUGGAUCUCUUCUUCAUUUCUUCACAAAGCUCCCAGCCUCCGAAACAGCCCAUGAAAAGAUUAGGGUUGGUCCGUGCUUAAAGCAAUGUGUCCGAGAUACCAUAUGUGAGUACCGUGCCACCCUCCAGAGGACGUCCAUAUCUCAGUACAUCGCGGGUUCUCUGCUAGAAGCAACCACAUCUUUAGGAGCAAGAAGUGGCCUACUCAGUACCUUUGGAGGAUCCGCCGGACGAAUGAUGCUAAAAGAACGUCAGCCAGGCACCUCCAUGGCCAAUUCUAGUGCCCUCCCUUCAAGUUCAGCUGGGAUCAGCAAGGAGCUGAUUGAUCUGCAGCCCCUCAUUCAGUUCCCAGAGGAAGUCGCCAGCAUCCUGAUGGAGCAGGAGCAGAACAUUUACCGAAGGGUCUUGCCAGUUGACUACCUUUGCUUCUUGACCCGGGACUUGGGCUCUCCGGAAUGCCAGACAUCCCUGCCCUGCCUCAAAGCGUCCAUCUCAGCAUCAAUUCUUAACUCCCAGAACGGAGAACACAAUGCCCUGGAAGAUCUUGUGAUGAGAUUUAAUGAGGUGAGCUCCUGGGUAACGUGGCUGAUCCUCACGGCGGGCUCCAUGGAGGAGAAGCGAGAAGUCUUCUCCUAUUUAGUACACGUGGCCAAAUGCUGCUGGAACAUGGGCAACUACAAUGCUGUCAUGGAGUUCUUGGCCGGCCUCAGGUCAAGAAAAGUUUUAAAAAUGUGGCAGUUUAUGGACCAGUCUGACCUAGAGACCAUGAGGAGCCUGAAGGAUGCCAUGGCUCAGCACGAAUCUUCCUGCGAGUACAAGAAGGUGGUCACGCGGGCUCUGCACAUACCUGGCUGUAAGGUGGUUCCGUUCUGUGGGGUGUUUCUGAAGGAGCUCUGUGAAGUACUGGACGGAGCCUCCGGCCUCAUGAAGCUUUGCCCGAGGUACAAUUCCCAAGAAGAAACUCUAGAGUUUGUAGCCGAUUACAGUGGACAAGAUAAUUUCUUACAACGAGUGGGACAUAAUGGCUUAAAGAAUUCGGAGAAGGAGUCCACAGUCAACAGCAUCUUUCAGAUCAUCAGGAGCUGCAGCCGAAGUCUGGAGGCCGAGGAGGAGGACAGCCCCAGUGAAGGAAACAGCUCCAGGAAAAAUUCCUUAAGGGAUAAAGCCCGAUGGCAGUUUAUCAUUGGAGACCUGUUAGAUUCUGAAAAUGACAUCUUUGAGAAAUCCAAAGAAUGGGACACUCACGGAUCAGAAGAGCCACAGAAGGCCUUUGACCAUGGGACAGAGCUAAUCCCAUGGUACGUGCUGUCCAUCCGAGCCGAUGUGCACCAGUUCCUGCUGCAGGGGGCCACUGUCAUCCACUACGACCAGGACACGCACCUCUCUGCCCGAUGCUUCCUCCAGCUUCAGCCUGACAACAGCACCUUGACCUGGACAAAGCCCACCACUGCUUCCCUGGCCAGUGCUAAAGCAAAACUCGGUGUGCUUAGUAACACGUCUGAGCCUGGCAAAUUCCCGUUACUGGGCAAUGCUGGACUAAGUGGCCUGGCAGAGGGGGUCUUGGAUCUGUUCUCAGCAAAAGCUGUGUACAUGGGACACCCUAGCAUCGAUAUACACACUGUGUGUGUUCAGAACAAACUGGGUAGCAUGUUUCUCUCAGAGACUGGCGUGACGCUGCUCUAUGGGCUCCAGACCACGGACAAUAGAUUAUUGCACUUUGUGGCACCCAGGCACACAGCUAAGAUGCUCUUCAGUGGAUUGCUGGAACUCACGAGAGCCGUGAGGAAGAUGAGGAAGUUCCCUGACCAGAGGCAGCAGUGGCUGCGGAAACAGUACGUCAGCCUCUAUCAGGAAGAUGGACGGUACGAAGGCCCAACUUUGGCUCACGCCGUGGAGUUGUUUGGUGGCAGGCGGUGGAGUACACGAAACCCCAGCCCCGGGACAUCAGCAAAGAGUGCCGAGAAGCCCAAUGUGCAGAGAAACAACACCUUGGGCAUAAGCACUACCAAGAAAAAGAAGAAAAUCCUUAUAAGGGGUGAGAGCGGAGAGGCAGCUGACGAUGAGAUGGCCACCCGAAAAGCCAAAAUGCACAGAGAGUGUCGCAGCCGGAGUGGUUCUGAUCCUCAAGACAUGAAUGAACAAGAAGAGUCAGAGGCAAAUGCCAUCAUGAGCCCUCCUAACACUCUGCCUUCCAGAAGAGCCCACUCUUUGACCACGGCUGGGUCCCCUAACUUGUCUGCCGGGACAUCAUCUCCCAACAGGCCAGUGUCUUCCCCUGUGCUGUCUUCUUCAAACAAGAGCCCGUCCAGUGCUUGGAGCAGCAGCAGCUGGCACGGGCGGAUCAAAGGCGGAAUGAAAGGUUUCCAGAGCUUCAUGGUUUCAGACAGUAACAUGAGCUUUGUUGAAUUCGUUGAGCUGUUCAAAUCAUUCAGCGUGAGGAGCCGCAAGGACCUGAAGGACCUCUUCGACGUCUACGCUGUGCCCUGCAACCGAGCCGGCUCCGAGUCGGUGCCACUCUACACCAACCUAACAAUUGACGAAAACACCAGCGAUCUUCAGCCUGACCUAGACUUAUUGACCAGAAACGUCUCGGAUUUGGGGUUGUUCAUUAAGAGUAAACAGCAGCUGUCAGACAACCAGAGGCAGAUAUCUGAUGCCAUUGCUGCUGCAAGUAUCGUGACAAACGGCACUGGGGUCGAGAGCACAUCCUUGGGCGUGUUUGGGGUUGGCAUCCUCCAGCUCAAUGACUUCCUAGUGAACUGCCAAGGAGAACACUGCACUUAUGAUGAAAUCCUCAGCAUCAUCCAGAAGUUCGAGCCUAGUGUUAGUAUGUGUCAUCAGGGCCUACUGUCAUUUGAAGGAUUUGCAAGGUUUCUGAUGGAUAAAGAUAAUUUUGCCUCCAAAAAUGAUGAGUCACAGGAAAACAUUAAAGAACUACAGCUGCCUCUCUCCUACUAUUACAUUGAAUCUUCACACAAUACCUACCUCACAGGCCACCAACUCAAAGGAGAGUCCUCAGUAGAACUCUACAGCCAGGUCCUCCUGCAAGGCUGUAGGAGCGUAGAGCUGGAUUGUUGGGAUGGAGACGACGGGUUGCCCAUCAUCUAUCAUGGACACACGCUGACAACCAAGAUCCCCUUCAAGGAGGUGGUUGAAGCCAUUGAACGCAGUGCCUUUGUCAACUCUGACCUGCCCAUCAUCAUAUCGAUUGAGAACCACUGCUCAUUGCCUCAGCAACGAAAAAUGGCAGAAAUUUUCAAGAGUGUGUUUGGAGAAAAACUGGUGGCUAAGUUCCUGUUUGAGAGUGAUUUCUCAGAUGACCCAAUGCUUCCCUCACCCGACCAACUUAGGAGGAAAGUGCUCCUUAAAAAUAAGAAGCUAAAAGCCCACCAAACACCAGUGGAUAUCUUAAAGCAAAAGGCUCAUCAGUUAGCAUCCAUGCAAGCUCAGGCUUACAAUGGUGGGAAUGCCAACCCCCCACCGGCUAAUAACGAGGAAGAGGAGGAUGAAGAAGACGAAUAUGAUUACGACUAUGAAUCCCUGUCUGAUGCAGAUGUCCUUACUGCUUCUCCUGCUCCUAACAGUCAGGAAGACAACAUUCUAGAAGACAGACCUGAAAAUAAAUCAUGUAAUGACAAGCUUCAGUUUGAGUAUAAUGAAGAAAUCCCCAAGAGGAUAAAGAAAGCAGAUAACUCUGCUUGCAACAAAGGAAAGGUUUAUGACAUGGAACUGGGAGAAGAAUUUUAUCUCCCUCAGAAUAAAAAGGAAAGCAGACAGAUUGCACCAGAGCUCUCUGACCUUGUCAUCUAUUGUCAAGCAGUAAAAUUUCCAGGCCUGUCAACUCUAAAUGCAUCUGGCUCUAGCAGAGGAAAAGAAAGGAAAAGCAGGAAGUCCAUUUUUGGCAACAAUCCGGGCAGAAUGAGCCCUGGGGAGACAGCAUCGUUUAACAAAGCAUCUGGAAAAAGUUCCUGUGAAGGAAUGCGACAGGCCUGGGAGGAAUCUUCUUCCCCCCUCAACCCAACCACAUCCCUCAGCGCUAUCAUUAGAACUCCCAAAUGUUACCAUAUCUCCUCGCUGAAUGAAAAUGCCGCCAAACGUCUGUGUCGCAGGUAUUCUCAGAAACUGAUCCAGCACACCGCCUGUCAGCUGCUGAGGACUUACCCGGCUGCCACUCGCAUCGACUCCUCCAACCCCAAUCCCCUCAUGUUCUGGCUCCAUGGGAUACAGCUCGUGGCGCUCAACUACCAGACAGAUGAUCUCCCUUUACAUUUAAAUGCUGCCAUGUUUGAAGCCAACGGUGGGUGUGGUUAUGUUUUGAAACCCCCAGUUCUGUGGGACAAGAACUGUCCCAUGUAUCAGAAGUUCUCUCCCUUAGAAAGAGAUCUGGACAACAUGGAGCCUGCCAUCUACUCCUUAACUAUUGUCUCUGGUCAAAACGUGUGCCCGAGUAGCAGCACAGGAAGCCCGUGUAUCGAAGUCGAUGUGCUGGGCAUGCCCCUGGACAGCUGCCAUUUCCGCACGAAGCCCAUCCACCGGAACACUCUGAACCCCAUGUGGAAUGAACAGUUUCUCUUCCGGGUUCACUUUGAAGAUCUCGUAUUUCUUCGUUUUGCCGUUGUGGAAAACAACAGCUCAGCUGUAACUGCUCAGAGAAUCAUCCCACUCAAGGCUUUAAAACGAGGAUAUCGACAUCUUCAGCUGCGAAAUCUCCACAACGAAGUCUUGGAAAUCUCUAGUUUAUUCAUAAACAGUAGGAGGAUGGAAGAAAAUUCCUCCAGCAGCACCACGCCGGCCUCUUUGAUGUUUAAUUCAGAAGAAAGAAAAUGUUUGCAGGCUCACAGAGUCACGGUGCAUGGGGUCCCAGGUCCAGAGCCCUUUACUGUUUUCUCCAUAAGUGGAGGCACCAAAGCAAAGCAGCUUCUCCAACAAAUUCUGACCACUGAACAAGACACCAAACCUAUCAUCACAGACUAUUUUUUGAUGGAAGAAAAAUAUUUUAUAUCUAAAGAAAAGAAUGAAUGCAGGAAACAACCGUUCCAGAGAGUCAUUGGUCCAGAGGAAGAGAUUAUGCAGAUUUUAAGCAGCUGGUUUCCAGAGGAAGGAUAUGUUGGCAGGAUUGUCUUAAAAACCCAGCAGGAAAACCUAGAAGAGAAAAGCAUUGUUCAAGAUGACAAAGAGGUGACCUUGAGCUCAGAGGAGGAGAGUUUCUUUGUUCAAGUGCACGAUGUUUCUCCAGAGCAACCUCGAACGGUCAUCAAAGCACCCCGUGUCAGCACCGCACAGGACGUCAUUCAGCAGACCUUGUGCAAAGCAAAGUAUUCCUACAGCAUCCUGAGCAAUCCCAACCCAAGUGACUAUGUGCUUUUGGAAGAGGUGGUAAAAGACACGACCAAGAAGUCUUCCACCCCAAAGUCCUCCCAGCGGGUCCUUUUGGAUCAGGAGUGUGUGUUUCAAGCCCAAAGCAAGUGGAAAGGGGCAGGAAAAUUCAUCCUUAAGCUAAAGGAGCAGGUGCAGGCAUCCCGAGAAGACAAAAGGAAAGGCAUUUCUUUUGCAAGUGAAUUUAAGAAGUUCACCAAGUCAACUAAACAACCCCGAGGACUCGCAUCACCUUCUCAGGUCUUGGCCUCAGAAGGUGUCCAAAACAAGGAGGAGAAACCUGUGGGCAGCUUGUCCUCCAGUGACACCAUGGACUAUCGACAAUAACCAAGGUGAAGACCUUUUGGUCUCCCAUCUCAAUGGCUCCGGAAACACUGGAGGCUCUUUAAUGAAGCGGGCCCCCUGCUGCCACACACCCACUCCUUCCUCAAACUACAUCUUCCCCUUCCUCUGCUCUCCCUCCCUAUCCAGUACCUCUGCAGAUCUGUCCUCCUCUGCCUGGACAACCAUAGGCCUUGCUUAAUUCUGACAAGUAACAGAGAUUGCAUUCUGCCUGGAAAAAACUGAAUUGACUUGCCCACACGAUACUCCACAACUCGGCCACACCAAGAGAAGAGUAGGAUCUUCCUGGCUGGUGUCGGAUCUCCAACUAGGCGGAGUGGGAGGCAGUCCACAGCCUACGUGCUCUCCAGACGGCUGCCUCGGACCCCUCGCAGUUGCUUCUCUCACAUGAGCGUCAAAGUGACAAGAGGUGAACACCUGGACCCUCCGGAAAGUUAUUAGAAAACAAAGAUUGCCUCUUACACCAAGUCCAGCACCUAUGAUAUGGGGCACUGUCAACAAUUUAUGUGUUCUUGGCCAUCUCUAAGUAUCAACUUCCUGAAAGGAAUCUUUGGCUGAUGGCUAAGGAUUUGGACAUGGGAUGACCUGAAAUGAGUGUUUUUGAAAUACUGACUCUCCAUGAUUACCAAGCUACUCAUUCAUAUACAUCUCUUAGAUCCAAAAUAUACUAUGCUCAAGCAGACCAUCAAGCAGGUCUCUGAAACCUUUCCUAAGUCUCUGAACUUUGAAAUAAUUCACUCUGACACUGAAUUGGGUAAUGUUGCAUUUUUUUUCAUGUUGUGUGAAUGAUCUGACUUAACAUGCAGGACCAUGGAAGACUGAAGCUGUGUCUUACACUCGUUAUUAUCCCACUUCACUUUUAAGUGCUUAGCACAGUGCUAAGCACAUAGUAGGUGCUCGAUAUUGGUCUAGUUAAAAAUAUAUUAAGGCUGUAAGCUUGUUAUAGCCUCAGGAUAUGUGUGUGUGUGUAUGUUACUAUGAUAUUUAGUUCUGAAAAUGAAACUCGUCAACACAGGCCAUGAAAGUUUAUGCACAAGUAGAUUUCAUUCUCAAAUUCAUAAAGGGUAUUCAAAUACUAGAUGUGUAAUUUUAUGGUCCCACUGUGAUUCUCUGUAUGUGUAACUACAAAGUUAAAAGCAUAAUACAAGUGUGAAAUAGUUCAUGAAUUUCUACUUCAAAAUUGAUUUUUCACCUAAACUAGUUUCUCCUGCCAAAGUGAAAUAUAAAUGUAUUUGUAUAUGUUUGGAAAAUAAAUGAUUUGUGACAUGCA